AUGCCCUAUUCAUUUGAUGCCCCGAGCAGCAUAGAGUACCAUUUCAACCUCACAACCAGAGGCUAUCGCGCACUUGUGUUUAGCGGGGACCAUGAUAUUUGGAUUCCAUUUUUGAGCACACAUGCAUGGAUUAGAUCCUUCAACUUCUCGAUAGUUGAUGAUUGGAGAGCAUGGCAUCUCGGUGGUCAGGCGGGAGGAUUUGCAAUCACAUACGCCAACCAUAUGACAUUUGCGACAUUAAAGGGUGGUGGGCACUCAGCCAUAGAAUAUCCACCUAGGGAAAGUCUUGCCAUGGCUCAACGCUGGCUGGAUAAUAAGCCUUUGUGA